AUGGCUGAGGAAGCUGUGUUAGGAUUUCUGGAAAAGAAUGAGGAAAUAUCGGAUUCUGGAAAGUUCGCGGAGGAGAAAGGCAUUAGCCACGACGAGAUCGUUAACAUCAUCAAAAGCCUCAAUGGCUUUCGUCUCGUUGAUGCCCAGGAUAUUAAGAGGGAAAGGUGGGUGCUCACCCAGGAAGGGGAACUAUAUUCUAAAUAUGGAUCUCCUGAAGUACUUCUCUUUUCUGCUGUCCCACCGGAGGGCAUCGCACGGGAAGAAUUGCAGAAAUCUUUUGCAUCAAGAUUGCCAAAUGAUAUUGAUGAAAAGUUGAAGACGUCAAUUUACAAAAUUGGCAGCACGCAGGCCAUAAAGAAUAAAUGGAUAGAAAUGGGGAAGUCGCAAGUCUCGCGAAAGGUCGACCGUGUCGAUGACAGGGUAAAAGAUUUGCUUAUACAAAUCCAUAGUGGUGAGGGAGUCAGCGCGGAGGAUGUUGAUGCUCUCAAAAAGAGAAAGCUUAUUAGUUCCCAGAUUUGGAAAGGCUAUUCAGUGAAGAAAGGCCCCAAGUAUGCUCCUAAAAGGAAAAAGGUGGCUACUGAUUUGACUCGCGAAAAUUUGCAGAGGGGUGAUUGGAAGGAGAUUGAGUUCAAAGAAUACAACUUCCUUGCAAAGGGCCAGCCAACAGAAGGUGGCUGUCUACAUCCGUUGCUCAAGGUUAGGCGCCAAAUUCAGAUGAUAUUUCUUCAAAUGGGGUUUGAAGAAAUGCCUACAAACAAUUUUGUUGAAAGCAGCUUCUGGAACUUUGAUGCACUUUUCCAGCCACAACAGCAUCCAGCUCGUGAUUCACAUGACACUUUCUUCUUAAAAGAGCCUUCCUCCACAAGAAGUCUGCCUGAAGACUAUGUUGAGCGAGUUAAACAAGUUCAUGAAUCUGGUGGUUAUGGGUCAAGAGGGUAUGGGUAUGAAUGGAAGAGAGAGGAAGCAGAUAAGAAUCUUCUGCGGACACACACUACUGCUGUUUCCUCCAGAAUGCUUUAUGCACUUGCUCAGGGACCUUUCACUCCCAAAAGAUACUAUUCAAUAGAUCGUGUCUUUAGAAAUGAAGCUGUAGAUCGAACUCAUCUUGCCGAAUUCCACCAGAUAGAAGGGUUAAUUUGUGAUCGGAAUCUUACUCUUGGACACUUGAUAGGAGUUCUCAACGACUUCUUCUCUCGUCUAGGAAUGUCCAAAAUUAAGUUCAAGCCGGCCUACAAUCCUUAUACUGAACCCAGCAUGGAGAUCUUCAGUUAUCACGAAGGUUUGCAGAAAUGGGUCGAAGUUGGAAACUCAGGAAUGUUCCGACCAGAAAUGUUGCUUCCCAUGGGGCUUCCAGAAGAUGUUCAGGUCAUAGCAUGGGGGCUUUCACUUGAAAGGCCGACUAUGAUUCUUUACGGGAUUGAUAACAUCAGAGAUCUCUUUGGUCACAAGGUUGAUCUCAGUCUCAUCAAAAGGAAUCCGAUUUGCCGCCUUGGUCUUUAG